AUCGGUGACGUCACGGUGUCAUGGCGGCGAGCGGUGCGGCUGUGUCAGUUUUAACUCCGAACGGCAGAAGACAGACAGUGAAAGUGUCUCCAAACACCCCGUUACUGCAGGUUCUUGAGGAUGUGUGCAAGAAACACGGCUUUAAUCCUGAUGAAUAUGGACUCAAGUUUCAGAGGAAUGUGCUGGAUUUAACUCUCCAGUGGCGGUUUGCCAGUCUGCCAAAUAAUGCCAAACUGGAGGUUGUGCCCUGUUCACGUCAUCAGACAGGAGCAGAGAGCGUGGUUCGAAUCGCCCUGCAGUUAGAGGACGGCUCACGUCUCCAGGGACAUUUCUCCAGCGGGCAGACUUUGUGGGAUCUCCUGACGCACUUUCCUGGGAUCAGGCCGUCUGGAGUCACGCCCGUGUGUGUAUACAUGAGAGAUGAGAUCAGCGGCGAGGCGGCGCUGAAGAAAACCUCUCUGAAGUCUCUGGGUCUCACAGGAGGAAGUGCCAUCAUACGAUAUGUGCUCAAAACCGCCUCUGCUUCAGGUGACCUCACUGAUGCCGUCGCCACACCAACGGAGGCUGUCGCCAAAGCAACCGAAUCGCCGUCUCCUCCUCCAGAAACACCCACCCUCCCUGUUUCUGUGGAAACUCCAGCUCCACCCGCAGAGGCCACGCCCCCGGUGAACCAGACACUUCCUGUCAGACAGGAAGAGGAGGAGCCUCACAAAGUCCAAGAGCAAAGCGUGCGACCCAAAGCUAGACCAGCUGCUGACCAGCGGGAUCUGGUGACACAAACAGAUGAAGAGCGGCCGGGGACAUCCCAACAACAGCACGGCUCCGCCCACCCGGCCACGCCCACUAACUUUGUGCCAUUUUCUGGAGGCGGUCAGCGUCUGGGGGGAGCCGGGACGAGUGGACUGAAGACCUCCACAUCAUGGACAUCAUCUGUGUCCGCCAGCCCACCUAAAGCCAAAAAACCCAAACCAAACCAUGAAGUCAAAUCUGUUGACAGGGAGCCGCUGAUCUUUCAUCUGGACUCAGGGUCCCGUCGCCAUGACGACACAGAACUUCCUGAUGAGUUUUUUGAGGUGACGGUGGAUGACGUGAGGAAGAGAUUUGCACAGCUGAAGAGUGAGAGCUGUAUGCCGCGCUCUCCUCCUCCUCCCGUCUCUUCAUCUGUGACCUCUGAAGAUGUUCUUGAAGACGAUGUGUCAUCAUCUGGUUCCUCCGGUCAGCAGAGGGCGAUGGAGGACGAGUCAGCGCACAAACUUGUGAAAACGGAACCCAGUCAAGUACCCAAGUGGCUGAAACUGCCAGGUAAGAAGUGACUGGAGACGUGACUGAUGUCUGGAGUGACACAGCUGUGCCAUUACAGAUGUACAUUCAUUUUUCACUAUAAUUCAUCCUGUAACAAAUAAAAUCAGUGUCAAUUGGCAAUCGAAUU